AUGCCUCGCCGUCCUGUGGCGAAGUUGAUGUGGCUUGCGAAUCACGUGGCGAGCCGAACACCCCUACGCGGAAGUUCAAUUCACACUUCAUCAUGCAACUCUUCAACCAAACCACAACAUGGCUUCAAACCGGCAAAAGUAGCGGUGGUCACCAAGACCACCCGAUAUGAGUUUGAACAGCAACGGUAUCGGUACGCGGGACUCUCCGAGGAAGAUCUAAAGCAUCUGCUCGCUAUGAAGGGAUCAAGCUACAGUGGGCUGCUAGAAAGACACAACAUCCACACGAACAACGUGGAGCACAUUGUGAAAAGUCUGCAGAAAGAAGGAAUCGAAGUUCAAGUUGUGAAAAGGGGCGAAUACGAUACAAAAGUAGUGCAAUGGGCGGACGCCAUCAUUUCUGCCGGAGGUGAUGGGACAAUGCUGCUUGUUGCCAGUAAGGUUUUGAGCAAGGACAAACCAGUUGUUGGAGUGAACACAGACCCUGAGAGGUCAGAGGGUCAUCUCUGUUUACCUGUGAAAUACACGCGCAAAUUCCCAGAGGCGCUAGGAAGACUCUUCCGUGGUGAGUUCAGGUGGCAGUGGCGUCAGAGAACUCGAUUGCAUCUUGAGGGCACCGGAAUAAAUCCCACUCCGCUCGACCUUCAUGAACAGCAGCUGAGUUUGGAGCAGCACAGCCAGGCCCACCGCAUUACCACCAUGGACAACCAGCAGAAGACCGGAACACUGAACGAAAGCUUCUCCAAGCCCAGUCUUCUCCCUGUCAGGAGCUUGAAUGAAAUUUUCAUUGGUGAAUCGCUGUCUUCCAGAGCGUCCUAUUAUGAGAUUUCAGUGGAUGACGGUCCGUGGGAAAAGCAGAAGAGUUCGGGGCUCAGCAUUUGCACAGGAACAGGGUCCAAAGCCUGGUCGUACAACAUUAACAAACUUGCUGAGCAAGCCGUACAUGACAUCCUCAAAAUAGGAAAGUGUCAAACAGGCCUUGCUAUUCCACUAAACCUUGAAUUUAUUGAAAAGGUCACAGAGAAGUACAACGAGUCCUUGGUGUUCAGCCCUGAGGACAGACGCUUGUUCUUCAGCAUCCGGGAGCCCAUCGUUAACCGCGUUUUCUCCAGUAGCCGGCAGAGAGGCUUCGCCAACAAGGUGUGUGUUCGCUCUCGGUGCUGGGACGCUUGCAUGGUGGUGGACGGCGGGACCUCGUUCGAGUUCAACGACGGCGCCAUUGCAACAAUCAGCAUGAGUGAGGAGGAUCAACUCCGGACGGUUGUUCUGGAUAACUGA